GCACACUGGAUUGCACCUUGGUCAACUGCAAACUGCAUUACACCUUGGUCAAUCGCACGCUCGACAUUGCACCGGAUUGCAAACACUCGCCUCACGCCAUAUCCACCAAAUGCGCCAAACGAGCCAAACGCACCAAACCACAUUCACCACCACGGACUUGCGAUUGCGCAUUCUGUGGCCGCCGCUCGCCACCGCCAAGUUGCGACUUGGCCUCCCGUCUGCCUGUGCUUUGCCGCCUCCCUCCAUACACCCGACGCCACCGGUCUCGGUCUCGGCUAUAAAACCCCACCCGUCUUUGCCUCCAUCUUUGCCUCCAUCUCCACUUUCAUCCCUCCAACUCCACUUUCGUCCUCCGUCGCUUUCGUCAUGGUUGCCCCCACUCUUGCCGUCCAUCUCGAUCAUUCCGCUCUCGAGCUUGUCACCAACCUCGACGGAACACCCUCGCAGUCCUUCUUUGCCGGCACCCCCACCAUCACCGGCAAGGUCGUCGUCACCGUCCCGGCCUCGCUUGACCACAUCAUUGUCAAGACCCUUGCCGUUGACCUCAAGGCCUUCUACUCCUUCAAGAAGCCCGCCUCUGGCCUCAACAUCACCUCGCUCCUCGGUGCCCGCGACAUCGUGCCCAUUCCUGAGCAGUCUUCCCAGGUCGUCAUCUUCAGCGAGGACGUCCACAAGAUCGUCCCUGCCGGCUCCCAUGAGUUCCCCUUCAAGCUGGUCUUCUCCUCCUACAAGACCGCCACUCCCUCCUUCGAGAGCCCCCUUGGCGACCUCGUCCACGCCGUCGCUGCCCAUCUCGUCAGCGGCAUCUCUGCCGACAAGAUCGUCUCGCCCGAUGUCCCGCUGGCCGUCACCCGUGUGUACAAGUCCCCCUCUGUCGUCGUCGAAAAGUUCCAGGGCGGCGUCUCGCACGGCGAAAAGUUCAAGUACACCAUCGGCCUGCCCGAAGCCAUCUUCUCUGACGAGGGUCUGAUCAAGUUCAGUCUCGAUCUGCAGCCCAUCAAGCCCGAGGACGGCCAGGCUCGCGAGAUCAAGGUUGAGCUGCUCGAGAUCGCCACUGCUUUCACCGAGCCCAAGCCCGACGACUUUGACUACCACUUCCAAAAGACCGCUGCUCCGGAGACCCUCGCUAAGAGCAUCAAGGGUCUGACCGUCGAUAGCCAUGUCAUCAGCACCGUCAAGGUCCCUGCCCCCGCUGCCCCUGCUGCCGGCGCCGUCGCCGUCGCUGUCGCCCCUGUUCCCAUCCUCAUCCAGCUCCCCUUCCCUGUGGUUGGCCCCCCUGUCCCCGAGAAGCCCGCUGCCGAGACCACCGCCUCGUCCCUGCCGCUGCAUGUUCCUUCUCUCAACUCCAUUACCGCCGCUCUCCCCAAGGUGCCGUCGCUCAAGGCCGGCAGCUCCAUCCACCCCGACGUCCGCUCGGACCGCUUGGAUGUUCGUCACCUGCUGAAGGUCUCGUUCGUCCACUACCCCUCCAAGAACCCCUCCAGCACCACCACCACCUCCUCGUCCUCUGCCACCAUCUUCUCCACCACCUCCACCACCACUACCACUACCACCACCUCGGCCCCUGGCACCGUCCAGAGCAACAUUGCCGAGAGCAUCCAGUCGGGUCUCUCUGCCCUGGGUCUUUCGGGCGUUUCCGAGUCCUUUGCCGUGGGUGUCAAGGUUCUCGUCCGCCACUUCCCUCGUGAGCAGUAAAGAGAAGCCUCCGCCCUCGCUCGCAUGUCUGCUGUUCAGUAACACUUUCACCUUCAGCCACCUAGUCAGUAUGUCAGUGCGUUGUCCUCCUGUAUUGUAUCUUACAGUCAAUCAAAAAUAACAUGGGUCAGUGUCCCUCUUUCUCUGGUAUCAGAGGCCUGAAGCUUGCUGAACUUUCCGCAGCCCCUGGUG